CAGUAUUUAAAUAUCAAAAAUAGUAUAUAAGAGAUGUUUGUAACUAUUUCGCAUAUAAAAAUUUUCCUUGAAAUAUAGUCAAAAUGAAGUGCAUGCAAUGUAUCAUCAUUUGGAUUGUGAUUUUCCAGUUAUCACAGCAGGAGGCAUUACAAAAUAGGAUUAUUAAUGGCCAAGUAGCUUCCAUAGAAGAUUAUCCGUAUCAAGUGCUUGUAGUCUUGCGAGGCAAUUCCAUAUCAGAUUGGAAUUCGUGUGGGGGAUCUAUAAUAUCAAAAAAUUAUAUUCUCACUGCUGGUCAUUGUGUAACAAAACAAAGUAAUAAUAAAAGAACUUGGGAUCACGUGCCAGCCGAAGUUUUGUAUAUUUUUAAAGGAUAUUCAUCAUUAAGUAAGGUGCCAAUACAAUCAGUAAUUCAACCCAGGAAGAUAAUAUUACAUCCAGGUUACAAUGUACAUCACAUUCCUGGACCCAAUGGUACUUGGCUAUCGGAACAUUUAGUAAACGAUAUUGCUCUUUUAUAUCUUAAAAAUCCAUUAACCUUUUCUAAAACUAUUAAUAAAAUCAGACUGGCAUCUCAAGACGAACCAGAUUCUUCAUUUUGCGGUAAAACAGCUGUGGUAACUGGUUUUGGACUGACAUUUCACGAUAAAGCAACAGAGUACUUGCAUGCAGUAAAUGUUACACUACCUGCCGUAAAUAAAUGUGAAAGUGGUUUCAUUUGCGUUUCAUAUGGAAUACCUCCAAGAGGAUCUUGUCGAGGUGAUUCUGGUGGACCUGUAGCGAUAAAUGGAAAACAGUAUGGAAUUGUAUCAUCUGGAGCGUAUAGACCUGAAUUUUCGAAAAUGUAUUGUGAGGAUUUCAAAUCAGCGUAUUAUGUUAAUAUUAUUUACUAUAGAAAAUGGAUAUCGGAAAAUUCAGACGUCGAUGAAGAAAACUAGCGAAUCUUAUAAAUGAGCCUAACUAUACUGUCAGUUACCGUAAAUUCGACUUUGUUUUUGAAUAUAAUAAUUAUAAAGUGAUAAAUAAUUAUGUGUAAUAAUCUAUCAAUGGCAAAUAAAUAUUAAAGCAAGUAA